GUGGGUGUGGGUGUGGGUGUGGGGGCUGAGAGGGCACCGGCAGAUGGUGCGGAGAGAGCCGCAGAGUUCGACCGUGCCUUCCUCCCGCAGGCGGGGUAGUUGCCGACCGGCUCGCUGCCUGGGGAUGCGAUGAGGACGAUGUCAGCCCUGCUCCGUGCUGAUGCCCUGCUUCGAGGGAGACCGCUGUGGGCCCAGCGCCGACCCCUGGGUAACCGCACCUGAUUGCCGUUGCCAUCUCGCAGACCCGGCCCCUGCCGCUCGCCUUUUGACCAACGCGCCUCUCGCCCAUCUCAUUCCUUCGGGUUGCCAAAUUCUCGGACCGUGACUGGGUAACGGGACGCCUUCUGGGCUGAGAGGACGGGGGCAAAAGCGGACCGUGGGAGAGACUCUGUCCGCCCAUGGCUUUCAUAAUGAAGAAGAAGAAAUUCAAGUUCCAGACGAGCUUCAACCUGGAGGAGCUGGCCGCCGUUCCCUUCGUCAACGGUGUGCUUUUCUGCAAGAUCCGCCUUUUGGAUGGAGGCGAUUUCACCCAACUUUCAUCCAGAGAGGAAGUUCAGGAGAAUUGUGUUCGUUGGAAGAAAAAAUUUUCCUUCAUCUGCAAGAUGAGUGCAAAUCCUGCAACUGGUGUACUAGAUCCUUGUAUUUGCAGAGUAUCUGUACGUAAGGAACUGAAAGGUGGAAAGGCGUACUCUAAGCUUGGGUUUGCUGAUCUCAAUCUAGCGGAGUUUGCAGGGUCAGGCUCCACUGCACGCUGCUGUUUACUAGAGGGUUAUGACACAAAGAAUACUCGGCAGGACAAUUCCAUCCUCAAGGUUACUAUAGGUAUGCAACUGUUGUCAGGAGAUCCAUGCUUCAAAACGCCUGUAUGUACUGCCAAGUCCAUCUCAAUUCCGGGCCAAGAUAGCUCCUUGCAGCUGGACUGUAAAGGAGAUGGGACCACAGGCAAUAUUGUUGCCUCAGGGGGCUUGAAUUCAGUGAGACAGCCAAAACCUCGGCCUCCACUCAGCUCAGCCUUGACUGAAGAUGCUGAUCAGACUCCGCCCAGCCCAGAUGAAGUGUUUCAAAUUGGUCAUUCCAGGAAUUCAAGUUAUGCCAGUCAACAUUCUAAAGUAUCAGGUUACAGCACUGAGCACUCCCGGUCCUCCAGUCUCUCAGACCUAACUCACAGGCGGAAUACGUCCAGUAGUAGCAGUGCGUCUGGAGGGCUCAGCAUUACCGUUGAGAGCACAGAAGGAGAGAAGGAGCACAAAAUGGAGAAACCACCACGGCCUCCAAGGCCAGCACUCCCCCCUGACAGGCCUUCCAGGUACACAGCUGUUCUCUUUAAAAGAGGUAGUUCCCUAUCUCUGGAUAGUGCACAUCCUGAUAGCAGGACCCAUAGAAGGCGGAAAAAGGAAACGGUGGAAAAUCAGCCCACUUGGGUUGAUGACACCAGAAUUGAUGCAGAUGAUAUUGUGGAAAAAAUCGUACAGAGCCAGGACUUCACGGAUGUCAGUAAUGCUGAAGACAGUAAUCUAAGGCUGUUUGUGAGCAGAGAUGGAACAACAGCACUCAGUGGCAUUCAGCUGGGUAACAGGGUAUCAGCGGGUGUCUUUGAGCCUGUUGUUAUUGAGAGCCGUUGAGAAGCUUGUGGGUCGCUCUGAAUCUACUAACCACUUCCCAUUCAAGUUCCACAUCUACUGCACAUCUAAUCUCAUCACCAAAUCACGCCGCCCGCCCAUACAGCUGGACUGAAGGAGGGUGGCUGCUUCUAUCCAAUAUCCCUCAGUAUUGGCAGAUGUUGAUUCACACAGCAUUGGAGUGAUGAGCAUUUGGUUUUGUUGUAAAACCUACUGAACCAAUGCUGGAAUUGAAUUUUAGGUAAAACCUUUUUUUUUUGAAAGCCUACUUGAGAAAUCAUUUUAAAACAAAACAUUUAAAUACCAAAGCCAUUUGGCUGUGAUCAUUUGAAAAGGGGAUAGCUUUUUUAUAAGACGCCGUGACAUUAAUUCAUGACAUACCAGAGCAUGUAUAAAAGAUCUCUCUCCUGAGAAGUUUGCAGACCAAGGCUGUGAGCAGCAUGUUAGUCCACAAAUCUUUCUUUGACUGUGAUAUUAUUUUUGAAUGCCCUUGAAGAUUUUAAUUGUGCUUGCCCCAGGCAUUGGUGUGUGGCAGGAUUGCUAGUUAGGUUUACAUGGACAAACUUGAUUGUGAUUCUGAUCACAAGAAAAGCACACAAAUUUUCCUUUAAUUUAAAAAAUAAAUACCAUGACAAUAGUUUUUCACAUCAGCUGUCAGGGAAAGAUGGAGCUAUCUAUGUUUAAUGAUAACCAUGAUAAUCCAAUUCCAAAUAAAACUCCAAUCAUUCCAAUUCCAAUUGAUGAGUCAACCAUGACGCCACUAGAGUGUACUUAAAAUACUGUGAAGUCGUUGCACUGAGUAUUCAAGUAACCAUUUGGGUGUUGGACUUCUGAAAUAAAGUUAUAGGAUGUUAUUUUGUUUCAUUUUGUAGUGACUAUUCUUGUCUUCUGAUAUUUCUUAUGCUAGUCAGGGACUCAGCACCUUUGUGCAGUUUUUUUUUUCCUUUUAAUAAUGUAUGUUAAAGGGCCAUAUUUCUUUUAGACAGGUUUAUUUUGGUUUUAAAUCGUUGCUGAAAGAGGAGAAAAAGUCAAAUUGUUUUAACCUGUAUUUUAUGAACACUUAAAGGACAAUGGCUGAUUUUAAAUAUUCAAGGGAAGAAUUAUACUUAAGUGGCAUCUAAUGCAAUUACAAUAACCAAAUUUUUAAAAUAUUCAGAUAAAAGUAUAUUCAGUAGCGAUAAACAAUGGGUUACUGAACCAGACAUUUGUGACCUCUAUCACCUUUAAAUUGAGCUCAAAUGUCCAUAAAACCUUUGGGCAGUCCUCUUUACUGAAGAUAUUUUCUUAAACUAUUAUAUUUUGAGCAUAGAUUCCUAUUCUAAAAUUGAGAUGAUCCUCAAAGUUUGUUGGUAAGUGUCCUUUAUUACUAGCUUUUAUUUUUGCUUAAAACAGUUCCUUUCCAAAUCAAAGUUAAUUUUUCAGGAUUGAUUCUGGACCAGUGAAAUGAAUUUAACUACCCUAUUAAUGAGUCCAAGUUAAAGAAAUUUUACAGAAUUCUGCUGCAUAGCAUUAAUAACUAUGUUACCUAUAACACUGCUGCUGGGGAACUUCAUUCUUGCCAGUACAAAUAUCUAGUGAUGAAAAUUUUGAUGUCCCAGUACUGCAGUACAUCCCCAUUAUCUACUGUUUAACUCUGGUAGAUUGAGUGAAUAUUCUUGUUCUUGGACUUUGCAGUUCUGAGCCAGUUUGCUGUCAUCAGCAUUGUUGCCUCUGGAACAAAUGACUCCAUUUAUGUCUAGAAGCUUUGGCUCUUUUGUGAUGUCAUAUUCUGCUCCUGAAUAUCUUGGCAUUUGUUAGCUAUGCACUUUGAGGAUUUGAACACUCUGCACCAUUCACGUCGUCUUGCUAUUGCAUGUCAUCUGUGAAUAUUGUGGCUUGAUUGACGUACUGUGAAUGGUUAACGUACAUGAUUUGUAUCUGUGGUAUAUUGAGGCCUAGAACACAAGGCUGCAAUGAAUAUGUCCUAAUUCUUUAGUACUGUUUUAAUAACUGUUCUGUAAUAACUAGUAUAAGAAAACACAUUAGCUUGUUAUCUAUAAAUGCACAGUAAAAAUUAACAUUUUACCUGCUGAGACAAUUAAGUAACAUAUGCAGCAGAUUCACAGAUAAUUAAAUAUACUUUCUUUCUAAGUCUGCAUAUUUGUUUAAAUAAUCUUUUUGGAAUAGCUCUUUAGCCACAGCAAAUGUUCUUUAAGCAGUAAAAGAAUGUCCAUUUGGCCAGCAUGCACAUAUAAUAAAGGUUAAAAAAAUGGUGCCAUUUGAUAAUGGUGUUGCUGCUGGUAAGCCAGUCACCAUGUCAAGUUCCACCCCAAACAAAAAUGGCUUCUAGAUAUCCACAUUCCAUGAUGAAGUUAAGCAUGCUUAUCUGCAGAGUGGAACUUUGAAGAGUUUGUUUCCACUGCUGAGAUGGAGAAUUGCUGAAACAUUAGAUAAUGCUUAUAUUGUGCAAAUUUAAACCAGGAUUUUUUGAUUAUUACCCAAAUAUGUUGAUCAUUGGACCUUCACAGGCAAAAAAAAACAUGAGUUGAAUUCAACCUUGAAAGUAGGGUAACCCAAGUUAAUAAGAGUUUUAGGAACCCAUUUUCUCUAAGCAAAAUGAUUCAAGAAAAUCUGAGUGGCUUCUGAUGCAUAUUUACAUCCAGUUGUGCAGCUUAGAGGCUUUAGCUGCAUUUAGUUCAAGGUUAUGGGUUAUGUAAUAGAAAAAGGAAUGUUUGGCAUAAGUAAAUCUUUAAUACCCUUAUUAUUUGGAUUGAAUUGUACAUUCACACCUAUUUUGCAACUUGUUGCCAUUGGUUCUUUAGCUGACGCCAUCUCCUCCAUACCCUCUCCCAUUGUUCUCACCCUUCUCCAAUACAUCCAAUUUGCAUUUUACUGAGAGGACACUCUCAAUGUGCACAAUUAAUGGAUGGUACUAAUCCUCUGCAGCAGUUGUAUAUUAAAGUUCAGAGAAAAUGGGAGGAAUUAAACACCUCUUUUCAAAUCAACAUUGUUCCAUGCCCCACACAAUAUAGGUCAAUAGAUAUGCUUAAUCUUAGCAUUGUGUGUUUUACAAGUACGCUCCAUACAAAAUAAUUUUUAUUUAAUUUUUGAUGGGGAUCUGGAUGAUGCAGGCAAGUCCAGCGUUUAUUUUCAAUUCCCCAUUCUUUAUUGCUCUUCAGAAAAUGUGGGGGAGCUGUUACCGUUCAUAACCACUGCUUGUGAUGGUAUUCACAGAUAGCUGUUAGGGAGGGAAUUCCAGGAGUUGAACUACAUGGCAAUAAUGGAACACUGCUUUUCCUGAUCAAGAAAAUGUGUGUCAUGGAGGGGGAACAUGCAACUCAUGGUGCUCUUCUGCACUUGUUGCCCUUGUUCUUCUUGAUGGUAGAGCUUGCGGGUUUGGAAAGUGCUUUUGGCGUGGCCAAGGCAAAUGACUGCGAUGCAUUUUGUACAUUGGUACACAUUGCAACUUCUGUUCGCAGGUUGUAAAGGGGAUGGAAGAUGAGGCACCAAUCAAGUGAACUACUUUGUCCUGGGUGGUGUUGGGCUCUUUGCAAAUUGUUGGAGCAGUCCUUAUCUAGAGAAUAUUUCAUUUAUGUGCCUUGUAGAUAGUGAAAAGGAUUGAGUGUUUCAGGAAAUCACUCACUGUAGGAUAUCUGGUGUCUGACCAAUUCUUGUGGCUCCUUUAUUUGGGUAACUGGGCCAAUUGCUUUUCUGGUCACUGGUGAUUUCCAGGAUCUUGAUGGUAGGGAUCUCAGUAAGGAUAAUGGACAUUAAGGAUAAAUUAUUAGUAUUUCCUUUUGCAGGUCACUGCUGGGCCCCUGUGUUGGGUGAAUAUCACUUGCCACUUAUCAAUCCUUGCCUGAUACAUCUGCAAGCAUUGAUCAUUUGAUUUGCUGAGUUGUGAAUGGAAUUGAAUAUCAGCAAAAUAUCUCAAUUUUUACCCGUAUGAUGGAAGCUAGAUCGUUGAAGCUGAAGAUGGUUAGGUUUAGGAUGUGGCUCUGAGGAGCUCCUGUAUUAGUGGUUUAGACUUCAAUGCCCACAACCAUCUUCCUUUUUGCGAAAUACGACUGCAGUCAUUGGAGAUUUCCCCCUUGAUGCCAUUCACUUCAGCUUUACUAGGGUUCCUUGGUGAAAUACUGCCUUAAUGUAAGAGUCACUUUCUUUUUUGGAAUUCAAUUCUUUGGUUCCUGUUGAGGCCAUGUGUUGAGAUGUGAGGCCAAGUAGUCCUGGUGGAAUCUUAUCUGGGCAAUGGUGUGGAUGUUCCUGAGUAAAUUCCACUUGAUGGCAACAUUACCAACAUGGCCAUUGAUUGAGACUGAAUGGGUAUAAUUAGCCAGAGGGCGUUGUCCUUUAUUUUGUGAACAGGACAUACCCAGACAGUUUUUGUCAGGUACAUUCCUGUGACUUUUCUGAAAUAGCUAGGCUUGAAGCACAGCUGGUUCUGAAAUGCUUGUUCAAUAAAAGCUAUAGAUUUGAUACCCAAUGUUUUCUAGUUAAUUCUCCAUAGGUUUAUUGCUGAUAAUUUGACAAAAAUGAUAGUGAAUAAACAAGAUAGUUAAAGAAAAAAAAUAUUAAAUACUUUGUGUACUGGUAGUUUUUUGUCCUCUUGAGUUUUACUAAUUAAAAAAAAAUGGCCACCAGCAACAAUAUCCUUACAGUCAAGGAAAAUAGCCAACAAUUUCUAGACAUUCAGUAUUUCAGGAAUUGAUCUCCGUAUCAUUUAGCUUUUGUGUCACAUGUCGAGAUGGAGAUCUAAAAUAGAUUGCUAACUUCCUAAUCUUCCAAUUUUGAAUCGGGGUUCUUCAAGUAUAUGUUAAUAGACAAGUAGCAAUAUGUCAUUAGAAAAUCUUGUGUAAUUCAUUGUGCAUGAAAUACUCAUCUAAUAUACAGCCCUUUCUCCGAUUCCUGGAUCAAGAGAAAUUAAACUUUUUGGGUGCUGUUGAAAUGCAAUUUUCUGCAUCAACAAAACCAACAGAGCAGUUUCAAAUUAGAACCUCCUGCUUUUGUGUUUUAAUAACUUCUGAUUAUUGGAGAUUAGGAUAUUCUUUUAAUCAGAGUUUAAAGUAAAUUUUCUAACGAAACACAUUUUUCCCCAAGCACUUUUUUUUGUUCUACUUAUUUAUGAGGUAGGAUCACAAAUGACUGUCAGGCUCACAGUGAAGUAACUUUAACUCUUGCAGUGCUUUGAAUGAAGUAAUUCCACACCGCAUUGUCACUGACUCUGAGCUCUGUGCUGUGGCUUGAUGUUGCCAAUAAAAUACCCAAUUAUAUUCAACCAAAGCUAGCUAUUGAUAACUAAUGUAGAGCACCAGCCUUUUAAUUAUUUUAUCUUAGAACCCCUCAAACCAUUUUCAUUACAAUUCCUGCUUUUUUUUUGUAUUGUUCUUUGGUUGAAAAGUUGAUGGGUGAUCUUGCCAGUUCUCUUAUUAACUUCCCCUGUGCAUAUUCUGUGAUGCCAUCACAGCAUUAUAAAGUACAAAGCCAUCUCUGAAAUCCUUGUGUGAUCAGGCAAGCCUAGGGAUCAAGGAAGUCAGACCUACAAAGCAAAUCCACAAUGGAAGUUGCACUUGUUUAAAAACCACAUAACAACAUUAACUUAAAAGGGAAGGCAAGACAUUUUAGUUAAAAACAAAAUCUAACACAUGGGGUUUCCUGUUAAUGAAGAUGAUGGAUUGCACCAACAAAUACAAGUCCCCAAAAGGCUAUAUUCACUCAAAAAACUUAGCUUUUGAGUAUGGUAUGUGAUUUUUGCUUUAUCCGGUCCAUGAUUAAGAUACUGUAAUAGCUAUUAAUCCAUUUUAGAGCUCAGGUGUACUGCUUUUUACAACUUACUUUGCCAAUCAGACUUUUUUGUUACUGUUUAGUGAUUGCUUUUUAUAUGUGAAACUGUGUCCAGUUUUGACCACUGUUGUAGGAACUUUUUUUGUAUUACAGUACUUAUAACCAGCAGGCUGGUUGUGUCCUUUUUUGCCAUAAUGAGUUGCUUACCUAAAAUCAAGGGCAUCUCCCUGUGACAUUUUUUUAAAAAAUGUUUAGAACAUUGCAUUUAAGUGAUUGUUUCUGAUUUUUGUUGUAAAAGGCAGCAUUUUUUUUGGUAUUAUAGUGAAUGAGAAUUUAUACUGGACUGUUGUAACCUCCUCUGACUAAAGAUGAUUGGAUAAUGGAGUGCCAUCUAGCCACACCGAAGGCAGUCUCUGUCCAUUUAGGAUAAUAAUGAAUCAUCAAGGCCCUAUUUAAUUUCUAUGGUACAUCAAAGCAAUUAACACAAUAUUGAUAAACAUAGCAAAGAUUUUCUAUGCCACUUCAAGAUGCUGCAGCAACAAUUAAAGCAAUUGAUUAAAACACAUGUUGGCUCCAAUUAAAUGCACUCAUAAUAAAUACAGUGCUUUCUAUGGACAAAAUACACUAUUUGGAUUGGGAAGUGUUGGGUAGGUAACACUUUGAGAUGCAAGUAAUAAAUCCAAAUCAAACUUGGGACAUUAAACUUUUUUGAUCCUGUAACUUUCUAGAAUCUUCACCUCUUUGAAGCUGGAUUACUAUGAUCAACAGUAUGGUUAUGAUGCAUUUCCUUUCCAUGUAACAAGUAGUCUAUAGAUCUGUUACUGUGCACAGCAAAAUUUCAUAAUUGAAUAUCUUACAAAUAAUGAGUAAAAUGUGAGUACAACAUGUGAACAUUUGCUUCAUACUAAAGAAAUAUUUUGUCACUUUUAGACUAAUUUGUGCAACUAGAAGUGGUAGGUUGUGUGCUGCUGUGAGGGAGAUGUUUUGAGAUAUUGUUUCAUUAAUAAAGAAUAAAAGUAAUUGGAAGCAGGUUUUUAAAAAAACAGUUAAAAGGGGAUUCCAUUGUAAACCAAUAGGCUAAUUGUUGUAAAAUGCCUCAGUACCAGGCAUUUUGUUUUCAAAGGAAGAAGUGAGGGAAGAAUUGAAAUUCACUGUAUGCUUCAUAAACCACUGUUGAUCUGUGUUCUGGAAGCGUGUUAGUUAUUUAAAAGCAUAGAACAGGUUUACUAAUUACAAAAUCAACGGCAGAUGUUUUAUUUCAAAAGCUGGUUAUUGAGUGCACUGCGUUACAUUGGCCAUUUAAUUCAUUUGAGUUCUGCUUGUAACAGUUGUCUCAAGGUUCAGUAGUACAUAUGAGAGAAAUGACGUGCUUUAUGGAUUUUAAAACUAAUGAGCAACAUUAAAAUUGGUCUGUUUUCAAACUUAGUUUGUACUUAACUUUUUUAAUUGAAUGAUUAAAUGCCAUAACACAAACCCAACAAGUUUUCCAAAAGUGUCAUUGAUGUACCUGUACCUGUUGGGGUAGAACAUUAAAAUGAUAAGAUAAAUUUAUCAACUCUGUUCAACCAGCUGUCUUUGGGGCAAAUGAUGUGUGGCUAUCUGGCACUCCUUGUCAUAAGUGAUGGUGUAUAUUUCAGAAUGGGAUUUGAAGCUAUGCAUUGGGAGUCCAGGCCCUUCAAUAGAUGAAUUUAACAUUUUCUGAAAUGACCUAACUCUCAACUAAAGUUGAAUGAUGACAAAAGAGUUCUAUGAUUUUGCUUAAAAAGGUGUAACAGAAUGUAUUCCAAAUGAUAUAUUUAGACACUUAUUUUUGUGAUUCAAUGGAGGUGGGUGUACAGGUUUCUUAAAUGCCCAGAGGAUGUGGAAUUUAUAGAAAUGUUUAUCAGCUGGAAUAUUGUAUAACAUUUAGAUAUGUUUAGAAUGCACAAUGAACUGUAAUUGGUUAAAAGAUAUUUGUAUUAAGGUUAUUUGUUUCAUAUUUUAAAGUGUAACUAUAGGACAGUAUCAUGUAAUACUGUGUUUCUGGGAAAUGAUAUUGGGUACCCGUAUUAACAAUAAAAGCUGUUAUUUUGUGUUUA